GAGCAAAUGCUGUCCUGCUACCACACACCCAUUACUGCUCAUACCCUGAACCUUCUAAGAUCUUCUCAGGUGUGCCGUAGAUCUAAUGUCAUCCAUGAUGCUGAAAACAGGACCUCUGUAUUUCUACGACCAGUUGAAAACAAAGACAAUUAAAAGAAUGAAGAAAGUGCCAGAGGAAUUACCGUCAGAUAUGAAGUACCUGAACAUCAAUCCACGUCUUGCAAGCUUCAUUAACAGCCUGAACAAAAAUAAAAAAGGGAUUUCUGCUCAAGCUGAAAAGAAGCAUGUGAUAUCACCUAAAGAAGAGAAGCAGCAUAAAGAGAAGUAUACCGUGCUACCGGAGAUUGGCGCACCUAGCUUUGUCAAGAAUGGGGGAGACAUCCAUAACCAGAAGCUCAGUCAGGGCGUCCAUGAUGAGGACCAGUUCAUGAACCCAUUUGAAGACUAUAAAUAUGUUGCUCCAACUUUGCUUUAUGAGCUUGGGAAGCUAUUGCGUUUCUUCUCACGGUAUGAGAUUGUUUUCCCUCAAGGUGUGGUGAAUGUGCUGAACUAUAGUUGGAAGGAGCUUAUUGAAGGAGCAGUUUACCCAAAAAAGCAGUGGCAAUCACUGACGUCCAAGAAGACAGUAGACACAAGUGAACAAUCAGCUGCAGAGGAGAGUGAGUACAAAACCCCUGCCAACCUGGAGAGUGGAGACAAUAUCAAGAAUAAUAAAAAUAAAGCCAACACUACACUACUGGAGGGCAGCAAGGAUAAAGCGGGACAAGAACUUAGCCACAUGAAGCCUGCAGGAAACAAAUCCCCUCAGAACUUUGCAGCCCAUUUACCAGUUACCAUCAGUUUCUCAAUGUCAUCUAGAGUAUGUGAAGACAAAGGAUGGGUUUCACAAACAAAUGAAUCCAAAUCUGAGGAUAUGGAGUGGAAAAGAUUGAUUUCCUGGGCCCUAGAGAGACUGCAGCUUGCACAGAUCCAAAUAAACAAGCAGUUAUCAGAGUUACAUGAGAAAGGAUUCUGUAAACCAGUUAUCCUCCGGUACUAUGAAAAUACUAAAAAAGAUUCAUUCAUAAAGCAAAAGAAGCACUGUAAGCCUCCAGUACAUGUGCUGACAAAUGGAAAACCACAUAUCCCAGACAUCAUACGGGAAAAUUCUUCUUUGCGCAAACUCCAUUAUGCACUCAUUGAUGGUUCUGCAAUGGUUUAA